UCGAGUCGAGUGGAGUCACGGGAAACCUCUGGAAAAACACACACACACAAUCUGCGCUGCGCUCUUUCUCUUUAAAACGGUAGGCUGAAACAGCAAGGCACCAGAGCUGAGUUUGGUUUCGGAUUAUUAUUAUUAUUAUUAUUAUUAUUACAGACAGUGACUGGGGGGCAGAAAGAAGAUCCUGCAGGAGCUCCAUGUGACACUCUUCUGUGAAUUAUUUAAUCUCUGUGCUACACGCCAAUACAAACGACAUCCAAAAAAAAAAAAAAGAAAUUACAAAUGGAGGAGUGGGAUUGAGCAUGCGUGUGGUGGGACUCGGAGAGCUGUGCGCUGUGGCCGCAGUGCUGUGCUGAGCGAGCGGGCGGCCCGGAGAGUCAUGCGGCGGUGGGGGAGGAUCGGAGCAGGGAGCUCACAGCAGCAGCGCGUUUCACGUUUCGCAAUAACUUCGAUGCCCCGAGGCGCAGGGCUCUAACAUGACAACAGGCCAGGGGGUCAAAACUUAGCACACACACACACACACUGUGUUAUGCGCUUUUACGCAAACUGGUGCGUUCAGAGGCAUUACAGUCCCAGGCAGCUAAUUAGUUCUCAAAUUGAGUGAAAGGGGCUGCGAACUUAAACGAUCCUAACUAUAUAGUUUGAGGUGAUCGAUUAAACAAAGUAGAUGUAUUACCAAGUUGACGCACAGCUCCUCCUGGCUUCCCACUGAUCCCUCUUUUUCCUCCCCAAAUGGCAUCGUUCCCCGACUCCGAAGUGCAGACGUGUCCGCUGUGUAAGGAGCUGUGCGGCUCCUCUGCUCCGAUCUCCUCCAGUUCAUCUACCUCCUCGUCGUCAUCGCAGACCUCCAACUCGUCUACUACCUCGUCCACGCGCAGACUGCACGUGCUGCCGUGCCUGCACGCCUUCUGCAGGUCGUGCCUGGAGAGCCUGCGGAGCAACGGAGACCCGCUCAAGCUCCGCUGCCCCACUUGCGACCAAAAAGUCCCCAUGUCCGAGUCGGGUGUGGAUGCGCUGCCGUCGUCCAACUUCCUGUUCAGCAACUUGCUGGACGUUGUGGUGUCCGCUGAGGAUCAGGGCACGAGCAGCUGCGUCGGGAGCGGCGGGCUUCUCCGUGCUCAGCACGCGCUCCCGGAGCCGCAAUGCAGCUCGUGCGAUGAAGGCAACGGCGCGAGCUCGCACUGCCUCGACUGCCAGGAGUACCUGUGCGACAACUGCGUGCGCGCGCACCAGCGCGUGCGUCUCACCAAAGACCACUUCAUCGAGAACCUGCACGUGCCGGGACGCACCGGGGGCCACAGCGCACCGCUCAGCCUCUCCCAGGCGUUUCACAACUUCUCACUGCUUCCGGUUUUCCAGGAUCGACUGGACUACUGUCAGCAGCACGACAACGCGGUACUGCGUUUUUUCUGUGAGAGCUGCUCUGUGCCCAUCUGUAGGGAGUGCAGUGUGGGGAGACACGUGGGCCACAGCGUGUCCUACCUGCAGGAUGUGCUGCAUGACUCGAGAGCUCUCACCAUCCAGCUGCUCACAGAUGCACAGCAGGGACGACAGGCCUUGCAGCUAAGCAUUGAGAAAGCGCAAGCCAUUGCUGAGCAAGUGGAAUUGAAGGCCAAGGUGGUGCAGUCAGAGGUGAAGACCACCACGCUGCGUCACAAGAAAGCCCUGGAGGAGCGAGAGUGUGAGCUGCUGUGGAAGUUGGAAAAGAUUCGCCAAGUGAAGGCCAAGUCCCUGUACCUUCAGGUAGAGAAGCUUCACCAGAACCUCACCAAGCUGGACAGCACUAUUGCCACAGUGACAAAGGUGCUGGAGGAAGGUCGCAAUAUUGACAUCCUACUAGCUCGUGAGCACAUGCUGAACCAGCUGCAGGAGCUCAAAGCACUGCGCUGCAUUCUGCAGCCACAGGAGGAUGACCGCAUCAUGUUCACACCUCCAGAUCAGGCGCUUUUGAUUGCCAUCCAGUCCAUGGGCCUGAUAAGCAGUGGAGCCUUUGCAUCAGCCACCAAAGCCCAUGGGGAAGGUCUCAAGAGAGCUCUGCAGGGAAAAUUGGCUUCCUUUACAGUGGUGGCAUAUGACCAUGAUGGAGAACCAAGGUUGUCUGGUGGAGAUGGUGUAUCAGUGGUUUUGAUGAGUCCAGAGGGAAACCUCUCUAGUGCUGAUGUGUCUGACCAUCAAGAUGGCACCUACAUGGUUAGUUACCUGCCGAAGAGUGAAGGUGAGCAUCUUCUUUCUGUGCUUAUCUGCAACCAGCACAUUGAGGGAAGUCCUUUCAAAGUCGUGGUCAAAUCUGGCCGUAGCUACGGAGGUAUUGGUCUGCCUGUUGCAUCCUUUGGUGGAGAAGGUGAUGGGGAUGGACAGCUGUGUCGACCCUGGGGCAUCUGCGUUGAUAAGGAAGGUUAUGUGAUUGUGGCUGAUCGAAGCAACAAUCGCAUACAGAUCUUCAAGCCAUGUGGCACCUUUCAUCACAAAUUUGGCACUUUGGGCUCACGACCUGGCCAGUUUGACCGACCUGCCGGGGUUGCCUGUGACAGCCAGAGAAGAAUUGUCGUGGCUGACAAGGACAAUCACCGCAUCCAAAUCUUUACCUUUGAUGGCCAGUUUCUCCUCAAGUUUGGUGAAAAGGGAACCAAAAAUGGGCAGUUCAACUACCCUUGGGAUGUAGCUGUCAAUUCAGAGGGGAAGAUUCUGGUCUCAGACACACGCAACCACCGAGUACAGCUGUUUGGUCCUGAUGGAGUGUUCAUCAACAAGUAUGGUUUUGAAGGUGCCCUCUGGAAGCAUUUUGAUUCACCUCGAGGAGUUGCCUUCAACCAGGAAGGUCACUUAGUGGUGACAGAUUUCAACAAUCAUCGCCUGCUCGUCAUCAGGCCUGACUGCCAGUCUGCUCGCUUUCUUGGCUCUGAGGGAACAGGUAAUGGACAGUUCUUGCGUCCUCAAGGCGUAGCUGUAGACCAGGAGGAUCGCAUUAUCGUGGCUGACUCCCGUAACCAUCGUAUUCAGGUGUUUGAACCCAAUGGCAACUUCUUAUGCAAGUUUGGGACUCAGGGUAGUGGCUUUGGGCAGAUGGAUCGCCCAUCAGGUAUAGCUGUUACCCCUGACGGAAUGAUUGUCGCCGUUGACUUUGGAAACAAUCGAAUCCUCAUCUUUUGAGCUCGUGUUCAAGGUUAGAAAUAUUUGGUGGCUGUGGAGGGGGGGAAAAGGUGUAGGUACACAAAUAUCAGGAGCAACCAUGGCUGAAUGUGGAAAAUGUGGCAGUAAUGUGUAGAUUCUUUUGUACUCCUCUAUAUCUAUUUAUCCUGACUGUAGUAUGAUUUGCGCUGCUGGCGGAAGUGUUCAUCUCGUGCACACGCCAUUUAUCAAAGAGAAGGAGUAGAGCAAAAAGACUGGUUGCUGUUAGUGUUGCUAUUUUGCUCUUGAUCUGAGUCUUGAAAUCUUUUUAUUUGUUUUGAUUUUUUUUCUCAGGGAAUUUCCAGCAUUCUUGAAACAUUUUUCUCUCUCUGCAUUAUACCUACCUCAUCUAGCUUGUGUAUGAAUGUAUUCUCUUGUGUGUGCAGCAUCUGUGAAGUUUUAUAAAGACGUCUACCUCAGUGCUUUUUCUUUUUUUUUUUUUCUUUUAAAUUUGUCAGAGAACAUAACAUAUAAGAAAUGAAGCAAUGUUUGGUUGAUAUUUGCACAGUUCGCACAAAUUUCUCCUGAUUGUUACUGUGCACAUAACACAGGUAGGACCCCUGAAUGUUUGAGUACAGUGACACAGUAGACCAGGGCUGCAUGAAACAUUUGGAUAAUGUUUGGAUAAAUCUACUGUUUUGUGUUGUGUGUGUGGUUUUUUUUUUUUUUUUUAAAUAGGUUUUCAUUUGUUGUACCUCAUCUGAACUUCUUACCUCAUAACCUAAAUGUACCUCUGUGUACAAAUGCCUCAUUGUACAUACCUCACUUUGUGUUGAUUUCCUUUAAAGAUAUGUCAGUCUCCCAAAAUGCAUGAUGGCUUAUAGGAAGACUAGUAAUGGUUUUUUUUCUGUUUUUUUUGUUUUGUUUUUGUUUGUUUUUUCCCCCUCUUUUUCUUGAAUUAUUAGUAGGUCUGUUGGUAUAGAUUCAAUCCCUGAGUUUGAGCAGUGCAAGAAACUACUUGCUCCUUUUUCUGAAAAUGUUUUACAAAUGUUAUAGAAAAAGAGAAGAAGGGCAGAGAUAGUUGUAUGAAGAUUUUAAUUUUUUUUUUUUGGAAAUGGGAUAGAAUUGAAUCACCCCAUUUUUAGUCAUUUCUGUAUGUCUUUUGUUUUGUUUUUUUAAUAUCAUCUAGCACCAUUUAAGAUGAAGUGAUUAUCAGAAUGAUUUGUUGGCACAUUGGUUUGCUGACUGGCUGUUGCUGCAAGCUUGGAUGUAAUCCAAACCCUAUAGGACGACAGUUUACUUUGAUAAAAAAAAAAAAAGUCCUUUGUGAAUGUCUGAAAUCUAUUUAUUGGCCAAGAAAGAGCUGAAUUUGAUCUCCUCAAAGACCAUUUGCUCAGUCAGUGGAACACAGUUUAAAAACCUCAAUAACCAACUGAGUGUGGUCUAAAAUAAGAGAUUUUUUUUCUUUAUUUGUGGGGGAACCACUUUAAUGAUGUAAUGGUUGCCUGCUUCUCCUGAAUCUUGAUCAAAAAGAAAGCAUUUGAAAGCAACACAAAAGACGAGCACUGACAUUCUGACGUUUCCCCCCCUUUGUUUUAGCCCAUCUACAGAAAAGUCACAUACUAAAAAAAAAGCCAUCUGAAACUACAAGGAAAAUUUCGUUGAAGGACAGUGAAGAUGUACAUUCUAGUAGCUGCCAUAUCCUGACCACAUACCCUUUCCAGGGCCUAAAUCCCAAAGCUGAUCUGUCAGAUGUUGCUCUUGAUUAGCUCCUUGUCUGGAUGGGCUUUUUCUGUUUUAAGCUGCUUCUGCAGAUGAUAUUUAUGAGAGCUCUUUUUUUUUUUUUGAUGGUGUAUACGUCUUUACUGGAGACAAGUACGUUCACAAGAUAAACGUUGCUUUAAUCUGACGUCAUAGAGGCUCUGCUUGUGCAUUCCAUUUUAUAGCAGAACAGUCAAAUUCAAAAGUCCCCCCCCCCCCCCAAAAAAAAAAAAAAAGCACAGCAUUUUAAUAGACAAAACACUUAGUCUCUUCUGCUGUGGUGUUGUAUUGAUAGUGUUUUGUAUCUGUUUGCUCAGUCAGGUUUGUCUUUAUACAGCCCAGGAGUCUACACCUUGCCACCCCAAUAACCCAGUAACCACUGGGAAUGGUCAAGUGCCAAAACCAAGUGUAUGUGGGACACUUGCUCUGAGGCUGCUCUUAAGAUUAGUUUCCGAUUGAAUCAGUUCCUUAGUGCGACUUCAACUUCUACAGAGUACCUUUUACACUGCAGUACCUUAAUAUGCAUGUCAACAGAGUCAAAGUCUAACAUGAACUGGUGCUUUUGUGUAUAUAAAGGGCCAUAUUUCAAAAGCAUCAGUGACCUGCUUGUACAUUGGUCCAAAAGCAGUGAUGGAGAUCAGCGGAGAACCUGAUCCGAGUCACAGGAUGAAUUUAGGCUCGUGGGGAGUUACCAAAAAUAAAUAAAAUGAAUAAAUUAGUUGAGUGUUGGGCCUGUCAUGGAACAGAAGCAAUGUGAGCAUUGGGCAGUAAUGAGAGAAUUUGCUGCUUGGAAAUCUUCACACUAAUUUCAGUAUUAAUGUCGGCUAUUUGAUUUUGUGUUAGACGUUUAGCUGCAGCUCUGUCCCCAGAGAACCAAAGAAAUCUCUAUAAGAGAAAUGUUUGCAUGCUUUAAAAGCCCUCAUAGGUAAUUUUAUUUGAAAUGAUGUGAUGAUGAAGCAGCAGAUACUUAUUAUAUACCAAAAAAUGUGUCCCUAUGUUGUGGUGGACAUCUUUUGGCUACAGAUUUUCUAUUAGUCUUUGAUGGAUAGCUUUACAGAGUAAGGUACUUGUGUAUGUGUGCGUGGGUAUCUGUGUGAAAGAGAGACACUAUGAGAGGUUUAAAUUCAUAUGCCUUAACACUGCUGCAAUUUAUUACAACUUUAUUUUCCUCUUUUGGAAUUUAAUCAGACUGGAAACUGCCAAAGAGUUUGCUCUAUUGCCUUUUUUUUUCCAUUGCCCCCCCUCCCCCCCUUCCUCCUUUAAUCCCUCACUGAUGUCCUGACAGGUUUGAUAUAACAUUUACACAGAGGUACACUAAAAUUAAAUGUGGGUAGCAAUGUCCCAGUAGAGUUGAAAUAGCAGUUGUGUUGAUUUGUGCUUGAGAAGAAGACCUUUUUCAGUCAUACCGGGAGCCAUCAUGCGUAGAGGUGUAGGCCUUGACCGAGCAGCCACACAGUACUUGACCAUCCAGUAUCUCAUCAGUAUAUUUUUGAUGUGUGGUGGUUAUUCGGGGAAAAUAAAAAAGAAAUCUAGUUUGUUAAAAGGAUAGUUCGACUUCCUAGACAAUAUGGUGCCAGAACGAUGCAGUAAAUGGGCACACAUGUCUAUAUAAGUUAUUAAUCAGACUCGAACAUUGCCCUUCAGAAUGUCUAAUCACAGCAUACUGUCUCAUGUUUGGACUUCUGGCCAGUGUCUCUACGGGUUUCCCACCAGUUGUGGUGUAUUCCAGCUUUUGAUCUGUUUCCUCGUCUUGGAAAAGCAGAAGGAAUGUGUAAACAGUUCAGAAGUGCAUGGUCUUUUUUUUUUUUUUAUGAUUGUAUUACCUAAGAAGAAAAAAAAAAUCCCCAAAACUCAGGUAGCUUUAUAGAGAUUUGAUUCAAAGUCAAUAUUUGUUUCUUACAAUUGGAUAGUAAAUCCUUUGUUAGUACUCCAUAGGAUUUAGUAUCUAUUUUUUGUGUGUGCAUUAUUGUAUUUAUCUACAAAAAAUAUCUUUGUUGUGUUUAAAUUCAACAGGAUCCUUUACAGCCAAAUUUUACUAUCUGUGUUAAUUUUCAGACCCAGAUUGAGAGGGGAAAAAUAUUCAAAAAAUAGUCUAAUUAAAUCAGACAAAUGGCACUAAUGCAAAAAUGUGGAAAUAUUUUUGAUAAGUGUAAGAUUACAUUGCUUACUUUAUUGAUGAAAGAUGUAUUCAAUGUUCAAUAUUAUUACAGAUGACACUUUUUUUUUUUUUUCCUCUUAUCAAAAUGUUUUUUGGUUUUUUUUAAUCGCAACCUAUCCAACCAUUUAUACUGUAGUUUUCAUUACAUUUGCAUUACGAUUGUUACAGCUUUUAAUUCCCUGAUCACACAUUUGGCUGCGAGACAAAUGUAAAGGGGCAUGUGGAGAGACUGCUGCCAACACUCAAACCUGGCAUCAGUUUUGUCUUUUAAAAUCUAAUUAUUAGGGGAGGAACAAAAUAGUAAACCCAGAUUUCAGGUUGUCUUUUUAGGUGGGUGUAAUAUUUAAUGUCCUCCAAGAGGUCCACUUUUGCUCCCUAAGCAGUGUUUACCAUCAAUAAAAUCUCAAUCACAAAAUACUCAUGGAUUUUGGUCUACUGCUGUACACAGAGAAGGCUGUAUGAAUUAUUUGGUGAUCUACAGUCUUGUGCUUUGGUCUUUGUUGUCUUCAAACAUUUUCCUACGCAGGUUUUGAUUUUAUGUUCAGCUCUUUAUGCUUAAAUAAACUUUGUUGGGAUCCUGAA